AUGCCACCAUCAACCAGAGGGUCGUGUGUGUGGGUGUUUCUCGCCGUUUGUCUGGUGAGCGUGUCCGGAUCGUUGAUGCACGAGCUGACCGUGGAGGCGGGCGAGCUGGUGAGAAGUUGUCUGCGCCGGGCCGCCGUGUCCCGGUGGGACUGUGUGAAGAACGAAAGUCUUAGCGCCGUCCAUCAGCUCUCGGAUGCGCCCAGAAUUGUGCUGCUGGACGGUGUGCAGCUUGUGCAGGUGCCGGGCAGCAAUAGCGAGUAAUGUUGGCAGGGUGUCGCAAGUGGUGUUGUUGCAAAUAAGGAUACAAACCGAGAUGGCGCUGGUGAGCAAGAUGGCGGCGGUGCCGAGGUGAGCACGUGGAGCAACUCCGUACUGAGUGCACUGAGACGCCUGCUGGACACGCACGUGUUGGAGGUUGAUUUGGCGCACCAAGAUAACGCGGAAAGGCCAGCGGAAGGUGAGAAUACCCGUACGGUGCUGGCUGUACGCUUUGGAGAGCAACGGAAACAAUCAUCACCAGCGACAGGUGCAACCGAGAGUGAAGGACGGCAUCGGCGCCACCAGCAGAUGAUACCGAUGAUGAUAUUCGGUGUGACGGUGUUCGGCAUGUUUAUCGUCCCGAUCGCCUUCCAGUUCCUGACCGCGCUCAGCGGCAAAGCGUUCCUGAUGGCGAAGUUGGCCCUGCUGCUCGCCUCCAUGAACGGCCUCAAACGGGUCGCAUCAGCCGGUGUGCACUAUGGGCUGUACCAUGCGGUUGACCACUAUCCCGGCCCGGCACACCACCCGCCACCCCCGUUCCACCAGCUUCCGCAUGCCGGCCCGAUGCUGUACGAUCGUGCCGAAGGGCUGUACGCGGAAGGACCGCGCCGUAGCGGCAGUACGAUGGCGCCAUUUCUCAACCGACUAGCGAACAGUUUGCCCUUCUAG